AGCUGAAAUGACCAAAUCACCAUUUCAAAAUCUCGGAAACGACGCCGUUGGGAUCAGGAGAAGGGCAUCUUAUUUGUGUUCCGCUUCCUCCGUCGCUUGCUGCUCCUCUGGUGCUUCUUCGUUGGCUGCUUCUUUCUUCUCUGCUUCAAGGAGAAAUGGCUGAACAAACUAAGGCAGGAGCUAUUGUCCCUGAAUCUGUGUUAAAGAAAAGGAAGAGAAGUGAGGAAUGGGCUUUGGCAAAGAGCCAAGAACUAAAAAUAAAGAAGGAAAAAAAUGCUGAAAGUAGAAAGAUAAUCUACAAGAGGGCUGAGAAAUAUGUUAAAGAAUACAGUGAAAAGGAAAGAGAGUUGAUAACCUUGAAAAGAGAAGCCAAGCUGAAAGGAGGUUUUUAUGUUGAACCUGAGGCCAAACUGCUGUUCAUCAUCCGAAUCCGUGGUAUCAAUGCAAUGGAUCCAAAGACCAGAAAAAUUUUGCAACUUCUGCGUCUGAGACAGAUAUUUAACGGUGUGUUUCUCAAAGUGAACAAAGCAACCAUGAGCAUGUUGCAUAGGGUUGAGCCAUAUGUUACUUAUGGAUAUCCUAAUCUUAAAAGUGUAAGGGAGUUGAUCUACAAGAGGGGUUAUGGAAAAUUGAAUAAGCAGAGGAUUGCUCUGACUGAUAAUUCUAUUGUUGAACAGGCUCUAGGAAGUUUUGGAAUUAUUUGCGUGGAAGAUUUAAUUCAUGAGAUCAUGACUGUGGGUCCUCAUUUCAAGGAGGCAAACAAUUUUCUCUGGCCAUUUAAACUAAGUGCUCCAUCUGGAGGUUUGAAGAAGAAAAGAAACCAUUAUGUGGAGGGUGGUGACGCCGGAAAUCGCGAGGAUUAUAUUAAUGAGCUUAUUAGGAGGAUGAAUUAGGCUCUAAUGGUUUUGCUCUACUUAUUUUCGUUUUUGAUUAUGUGAAAAGCUAGACUUGGGAAUUUUGCUUGUGCUAUCAGUGUUGAUAGUAGUUUUUUCUAAUCAGAAUUCUUUUCACUUUUCCUCAUUUAUGUUAUGAUGAAGUUGAAAAAUCACAUUAAAACUAUUCUUCAGUUAAUUAGCAUUUGCAUUGUUUGUUGGAUACUGUUUAGUACUCUUGGAAGUUUAUGGAGACCUUUUUGUUUGAAUUUUAGUAAAA